AUGGCUGAAGUUGCGACUCGCAAAUGCCGGGGUGUGGACUGCCCUAACGAUGCAGGCACCCUACAAUGCCCGACAUGUCUGAAGAGCGGCACGGACAGUUUCUUCUGUUCGCAGGACUGUUUCAAACGAAGCUGGAGCGAACAUAAGAGCAUCCACAAAAAGACCACCGGUACCUUCAAUCCGUACCCGUCCUUCCCUUACGCCGGUUCUUUGAGGCCCGUCUAUCCUCUGUCACCCAAACGAACGGUUCCCAAGACGAUCCCGCACCCGGACUAUGCCCGCGAUGGUAUCCCCCGCUCCGAGCAAAAACUUAUCGGCCGACAUAACAUCACCAUCCUGAACAAGGAGGAGCAAGAGGGAAUGCGUAAGGUUUGCCGAUUGGCUCGUGAGGUUUUAGAUGCUGCUGCUCGUGAAUUGAAGCCUGGUGUCACAACGGACUACCUCGACGAGGUUGUCCACAAGGCUUGUAUUGAGCGUGAUUCUUACCCCUCCCCUCUGAACUAUAUGAACUUCCCCAAGUCCGUGUGUACCUCAGUCAACGAGACUAUCUGUCACGGUAUUCCCGAUCAACGGCCCUUGCAGGAUGGAGACAUUGUCAACAUCGAUGUUACUCUGUAUCAUAAGGGAUUCCACGGCGAUAUCAACGAGACCUACUAUGUUGGAGACAAGGCACUUGCGAACCCCGACGCCGUCCGAGUGGUGGAAACCUCGCGUGAAUGUACGAACAAGUCAAUUGAGCUCGUCAAACCUGGCAUGCUGUUCCGCGAACCUGGCAACCUCAUCGAGAAGCACGCAAAGAGCCGCAACUGCAGUGUCGUCAAAAGCUACUGCGGCCACGGUAUUAACCAGCUGUUCCACUGUGCGCCCAACAUUCCCCAUUACGCCAAGAACAAGGCUGUUGGAACUGCCAAGCCCGGUAUGUGCUUUACAAUUGAGCCCAUGAUCAACCUUGGUACCUACCGUGACCGCACUUGGCCGGAUGACUGGACAAGCACCACCCAAGACGGACUUCUGUCAGCCCAGUUCGAGCAUACCCUUCUCGUAACUGAGGAUGGUGUCGAGGUGCUGACUGCCCGUCUGCCUGACUCACCUGGUGGGCCGGUUCCCAUGCCUUCGACAGCAUGA